UGUGGGGGUUUCCUUCACUAUCCCUAUAAAAUCCCCCCACCGGGGCAGAGAGAGAAAUAAAAAAAAAAUGGGAAAGCGUGCAGAGGAAGGCGAUUUCCAGUUCUUGGUGGAAGAGCAGCGCAGGGAGUUCUUGGCGGCCAAAACCCUGGACUCCGACUUCGAUGUCGCCUACAACCUCCAAAUGCAGGAAGCCAUUAACGCGUCUGUUUCGGUUCACCCUUGCACCUCUCAAUCUACUCCAGCGGACACCGUUUUGAUUCCCGAAGACGACAGUUUCGACUACGUUUCGCUUCUUAUCGAAGACAUCGACAGGUUCGAACUGGAACGCAGUGAUCUCGAACAGCGCGAGUUACUGAUGAGACAAAUGAGAGAGGAUCUCGACCGUCGGAUUCACGAUCAACAGUUCUCGAGCUAUCUCAUGAGCGUACCGGAGCAGGAGUGGCAGAAGUACGGUGACAAUUAUGAAAGGCCCUACGACGUUAAAAAUGCGUGUUCUUCCUCUUCGAGUAGUAAGCCGGUGUCGGAGAAGGAGGUUUUUAGACUGUAUUUCAAAGGCCUGGUUAGUGAAGAGAGGAUCCGGGAUAUGAACGUGAUUGUGGCAGGGGGAGGGUUUGCAAUCUGUGACUCGAGAGAUAAUGUGAUAUUCGAGGUGAACAAGGGUUUGGAGUGCGGUGGUGAACGGUUGAGUGGGGAAGCGGCGGAGAUUGAGGCCUUGAUCGAGGGCCUUCGUGCUGCUAUGGAUUUGGGUUUGGAGAGGGUUAAUUUCUUUUGCGAUGACUACGUGGUCUACCAAUAUGUCACAAGGAGGUUGCAGCCAAAACAGAGCAAGAUUGCCAAAUUAAUCGAUGAGGUGGCUCAUCUUCAAAGAAAAUUUGAAUAUUUCCAGCCAUCUCUGGUGGAACGUAAUGAGAUUAAGUUUGCUUUCAAGCUUGCAAGACAUGCAAUAGUUUCUCAAAUUACAUGGCCUGCAGAAACUAGCAAAGGCAAGAGUUUGAAGGAGACUUGUUUAAUAUGCUUUGAAGAUACAGAUGUAGAUGAGAUAUUUUCUGUUGAUGGUUGCCUGCACAGAUAUUGUUAUUCUUGUAUGAAGCAGCAUGUGGAAGUUAAGUUGCUUGAUGGGAUUGAUGCAAAAUGCCCUAAUGCUGACUGUAAUUCUGAGGUGAGCAUUGACAGUUGUGGAAAAUUCCUGGAUCCUAAACUAGUGGCAUUGAUGAGCCAACGGAAAAAGGAAGCUUCGGUAGCUGUUACAGAGAGAGUUUAUUGCCCUCAUGUUAGGUGCUCUGCGUUAAUGUCAAAAGAUGAGGUGUUGGAAUUUACAAAACCUUGGUGUAUUGGUGCUGAAAGUUCCGGGGCCAGGAAAUGUGUGAAAUGCCAAUACUUCUUCUGUAUCAAAUGCAAGGCCCCAUGGCACUAUAAUAUGACUUGCCAGCAAUACCAACAGUCAAAUCCCAAAACCGAAGAUGCAAUGCUCAAUAUUCUUGCCAAGAAGAAACUAUGGCGACAAUGUGUGAAGUGCAACAAUAUGGUGGAACUUGCAUUUGGUUGCUACCACAUCUAUUGCAGGUGUGGACAUGAGUUUUGCUAUACUUGUGGUGCUGAGUGGAAGAACAAAAAGCCGACAUGUUCUUGUCCAAUCUGGGAUGAGCGAAACAUUAUACGUAGGCAAUGAUCUUAAGAUCUCGGAUCUCUGCUUUCCUUCCCGUUUAUUUAUAUUUUGGAUAUAACAAAGGUAUUAGGGAAACCCGACAGUCAAGUAAAUGUAAUUGAGGAUCAACUCUAGAUUCUUGAACAUGAUUUGUUGGUUCCUCCAAAGGUUGGGUUUUUUGGCUGCUUUUAUUGAGGUAUGGUACCUCGUAUUUGUAUAUCCAAUUAUCCAUUAUGCUCGUGGUUGAUCUCUAUGAUUUGUCGAAUGAAACAAGCAGAAAGGUAUAUGCUAUAUGCAUGUCCAAGAGCAACUCAAGUUGGCAUGCCAAUGACUUGGUCGCAUAUGUUUUUAUA